ACAUUAAUUGGCAUCUAAAAGUAGUAUGGCUAUUCUAUUCACAGUGGUAUCACCAAAUCCACUGUCACCCACAAUCUCAUCGCUCCACGUGUCUCCUUCCCGCCACCACUUAUCAUCAAUAACCAUCCGCCGUAACAAAUCGCCGCCGGUAACACUCCCUCCACCGCGUCAUGUUUCCUCUCGAAGCCGGCGCGUGAAGGUUUUCUCACAACUACGAUUCCCUCUAAUCUCCCCCGACGAUCACUGGUCUCAAUGGGCCGCUCUAUUCGCCUCCGGAGCUUUCGGCGUCUGGUCGGAGAAGACGAAACUUGGAAGCAUGGUGAGUGGUGCGUUGACAAGUACGUUACUUGGGCUCGCCGCGAGCAAUUUAGGGUUAAUUCCGUUUGAAACGCCGUCGUAUGACUUCUUCAUGGAGUUUCUCUUGCCGCAUACGAUUCCAUUGUUGUUGUUUAGAGCUGAUCUCCGUCGUAUUAUCCGAUCUACUGGGUCAUUGCUUCUUGCAUUCUUGAUUGGAUCUGUUGCGACGAUUGUUGGGACUGUGGUGGCUUUUAUGUUAGUACCGAUGAGAUCGCUUGGUCCGGAUAACUGGAAAAUAGCAGCUGCUCUUAUGGGGAGUUACAUUGGUGGAUCCCUUAAUUUCGUUGCGAUAUCGGAGGCUCUACAGAUUUCUCCAUCUGUUAUAGCAGCGGGUGUAGCUGUGGACAAUGUCAUAUGCGCUCUUUACUUCAUGGUUUUGUUUGCGUUGGCCUCAAAGAUACCCCCUGAGACCACCUCAGCAUCUUCCCCUGAUGCUGACAUGACUAAAGAUGACGAGCUCAAGGACAAGAACAGAUUGGUUUCAACGUCGAUUGCGCUAUCAAUUUCAUUCCUGAUAUGCAAAGCUGCUAUUUCGAUGACGACGCUAUUUAAGAUCCAAGGAGGCAUGCUUCCUGCAGUAACAGCCAUCACCAUCGUCUUGGCAACUUCCUUCCCUGAUUUCUUCAAUUCUCUGGCACCUUCUGCUGAAACCAUCUCUCUCAUUCUCAUGCAGGUAUUUUUCACAAUUCUAGGAGCAACAGGGAGUGUAUGGAAUGUAAUCAACACUGCCCCAAGUAUCUUCCUAUUUGCUGCAAUUCAAGUAAUGGUUCAUCUAGCAGUGACAUUGGUUCUAGGAAAGCUAUUCUGUAUCGACAUGAAGCUACUGCUUCUUGCAUCAAACGCUAACAUCGGAGGCCCAACCACUGCUUGUGCCAUGGCAACUGCAAAAGGAUGGACUUCUCUAGUCGUUCCCGGGAUUCUCUCGGGCGUUUUCGGGGUCUCCAUAGCAACUUUUCUCGGCAUUGGAUGUGGAGUUUUUGUCCUUAAACGAUUAUAGAUUUCUAAACAGUUCUAAUGAUUGGAGGAUUCUGAAGCCACACUCCUUGUAAAUUGUUAAUUGUUCUCGAGUCUCAUUAGUUUACAUCUAUUUAUUUUUCUAAUAACCAUUUUACGAGUUA